GCCCAGCCCACUUUCACGCUCUCCUCUUCCGUCCACAUCUAUCGCUCUCACUCCAGUCCACAGCAUUAUCCAUUCCAACAAGGUAGAGCGGCCAAAGCCAACCCACGUCUGGCCGGUCGUUCCGUUCCGCUACUGCUAUAUGUGUGUGAGCGCAGCGAGCUAACGAGGAUUGUGUGAGUCCUCGCCAAGGAUUAGUGGAGUUGGUUUGUCCUCAGUAGAUAGUGUCGCGGCAGCUGCAGUUACAUCAAAGGCUUUAGCUCGCUCUUCCAGGUCACAUCAACGCGAACGGUGCUGGAUAGUAACCGUUUGAUAUCCCUCUCUACUGUAAUAGCUGCUGCAGAUUCGCCUUUUCGUCGCAAAGGCUACAUUUUUCCGAACGGACUUAUAAAUGUCGGACCUCAUCGGAAUGAUGCACUGAAGAAAGACUAGGCUACAUGCAAGCGUCUGUCCAGAGGCUGCAGUAUAGCUGAGCGAUUGCGGCACACUGUUGACGUUUUUUUUACGGUUCCACAGUCUAACGUCAGUGGUUGUCUGUAAAGGGAGAAUCGUGAAUUUCGAUCGCCCUGCGCUCGGCGAAAACAUAAUGGCCACUCUUCUGCGGAAAAUCGGUCUGAUUCGUCUUCACGACCGGGACACAGAGGACCCCAAGCAUCACCAGGGCUCACUAAAGGGGACCAAGGGGAACACGAAGAGCACUAAGCAGCACUGUCAGACCACCAACGAGACGAACAACAUCCUCAGCACCCCCGAGAUCAAAGCGAAGAAGCUGGACCAGCACAACAGCAAUGACAAACCGUCCGUAAAGGAUAAGCAACAGGGCAAGGACGCCAAUGAGAAACAGCAGAUGGGAGGCGGAGGAGGAGGUGGGAUCGGGGUUGGAAAAUCAGCGACCAGUGCCUCAAUACCACCACUAGCCCCUCACCGGCAGCACUGCACCCAAGUCCGGACGAGGAGACUUAUGAAGGAACUCCAGGAGAUCCGGCGGUUGGGAGACAACUUUAUAACGGUCGAGCUGGUCGACGACAAUCUAUUUGACUGGAACGUCAAGCUCCACCAGGUGGACAAAGACUCGGCGCUGUGGCAGGACAUGAAAGAAACAAACACCGAGUUCAUUCUGCUGAAUGUCUCUUUCCCCGACAAUUUCCCCUUCUCUCCGCCAUUCAUGCGGGUGCUCACCCCCCGGUUGGAAAACGGGUACGUUCUGGACGGUGGAGCGAUAUGUAUGGAGUUGUUAACCCCCCGCGGAUGGUCCAGCGCCUACACAGUGGAAGCCGUGAUGAGACAAUUUGCGGCAAGUCUGGUAAAAGGACAGGGGCGUAUCUGCAGAAAAUCAGGGAAGUCCAAGAAGGCGUUUAGCCGCAAAGAGGCGGAGGCCACCUUUAAGAGUCUGGUGAAGACCCACGAGAAGUACGGCUGGGUCUCCCCCCCUGUGUCUGACGGCUGAGGUGACGGCCCGGCCAUGACGCUAGCUAGCCAUGCUAACCAUGACACACCACGCUAACUCGACUCCUCCUCCUUGACCAUACCACUCCACCGCUCCAGUUGUUUUCGGUUGCUUUGGGUUUUUUCUUGUUGUUGUCUUCAUCAGCUCACUGAGACUUCAGAAGGAACAAAUAAAGGAACGCUCGCCUACUUCGUCUUCACUUUGCCGAUAAUCGUCAUAAUCUCGUCAUCAUCAAGCCUCCCUCCUGCACUGCACUCCUCCCUCCCUCCUCUCUCUCUCUCUGCGUUCAUCCCUCCGUCGGCUGAGUAGAAGGUUCUGCGGGAUGUGCGUGAACUGACUUAUUCAGGAAAGUGUGUGUGUGUGUGUGUCAGCGGAGUAUUUGUCACAGCGGUUGAUGGAUUGGGUUUCCGACACACGCACACACACACCAACCACACACCAACCACACACACACACUGACUGUGUAGGGAUCUGUAGAAAGACUGUGAAAGACUACUGAGAAGAGGGAGAUGUAUCACCUCUCUUCUUUUGUCCCACCCUCCCAUCUCACCUUCCUUCCUCUCCUCUUUUGUCCCACCCUCCCAUCUCACCUUCCUUCCUCUCCUCUUUUGUCCCACCCUCCCAUCUCACCUUCCUUCCUCUCCUCUUUUGUCCCACCCUCCCAUC